GGGGUGUCCUGAGCGUCCGCUGUCUGUCCAUCUGUCUGUCUGUUUGUCCGUCCGCCGGGCUGGGGCUGCGGCGCGGCGGGCUCGUGGCGGCACGCAUGGAUGACAGCAAGGUGGUUGGAGGCAAGGUAAAGAAACCAGGCAAGCGGGGUCGGAAACCGGCCAAAAUAGAUUUGAAGGCAAAGCUUGAAAGGAGUCGCCAGAGCGCAAGAGAGUGCAGAGCCAGGAAGAAGCUGAGGUACCAGUACCUGGAGGAGCUGGUCUCGAGCAGAGAGAGAGCCAUCUGCGCUCUCAGAGAAGAGCUGGAAAUGUACAAGCAGUGGUGCAUGGCGAUGGACCAAGGGAAAAUCCCCUCCGAAAUAAAAGCCCUGCUGACUGGAGAGGAGCAAGGCAAAGCACAGCAGAACUCAACCAAACUUGCUAAGGCUGGGAAGACAGAAGCAAACAGCAGCAAUCCCUUCUUCCCCUGUGGUGCAUCGUUCACAGGAGGCCCGUGCAGAACCUUCAGCAGAGAUUCCUUGGCAGCUGGCAGAAGAAUGCUGUUCUGAGGAGUGGAUGCGUCCCCAGAUGCAGGGGCAAGGAUCCCAGUCCGCUGUCUUCUCUUUGCUCCUCCCCACGUGCAACUCUUUGGUGGUGUUCCUGAGGCUGUGUGGAGUGGGGCUUUUGGGGCAAUAGGUGUUUGUGUAAGUGGAGCACUGUUCUUUCUUUCGCUGCAGCACCCUCCCCAAAUGCAGCUAUGGCAGCUUUUGGGAAUUGCCAGUGUGAAAUGGGGGCUGCUUUUAUGGCAGAGCCCAGAGUUAGGCUGGUUUUGGUUUUUGGUGGUUAUGGGGUUGUUCACCACUGUGGGAGUCUGGGAGGUUCCAUAAAGGAAAAGCAAGAGAAGGAUUUUGUAGCAACUUUGUUAAAGCCCAGCAGAGCACUGUGGGUGGAGGAGAAGGAACUGGAUCAAAAGCUUUCAGCAAGGAGGUUUAUAGCAGUGUAAUUUGUAACCUAAACGAAGAUGUUGCUGUCAGCAUCCCUCUGUAAUGCAGCACGUGCAUAUGUGAUAGGGAUUCUUGAAGAGAGGUGCUAGAUAUAUUUAUUUCCUGCUUCUGCCCAUACUUCCUUCACUGAAUAUGUUUUCCAGCUGCCAUGCUUCUGGUGAGAUAGUCAUAGAAUCAUAGAAUCAUAGAAUAGAUUGGGUUGGAAAAGACCUCCAAGAUCAUCAAGUCCAACCCCUGAUCCAACUCUAAUUACUAUAUCAUGGCACUAAGGGCCAUGUCUAAUCUCUUUUUAAAAACCUCCAGGGAUGGUGAAUCCACCACCUCUCUGGGCAGGCCAUUCCAAUGCCUGAUCACCCUCUCUGUAAAGAAUUUCUUCCUAACAUCUAACCUAAACUUCCCCUGGCAGAGCUUGAGCCCAUGUCCCCUUGUCCUGUUGUUGGUUGCCUGGGAGAAGAGACCAACCCCCACCUGGCUAUAACUUCCCUUCAGGGAGUUGAAGAGAGUGAUGAGGUCACCUCUAAGCCUUCUCUUCUCUAGACUAAACAAUCCCAGCUCCCUCAGCCUCUCCUCAUAGGACUUGUGCUCAAGUCCCUUCACCAGCCUGGUUGCUCUUCUCUGGACCCGCUCCAGCACCUCAAUAUCCUUCCUGAACUGAGGGGCCCAGAGCUGAACACAAUACUCAAGGUGCGGCCUCACCAGUGCUGAGUACAGGGGAAGGAUCACUUCCCUGCUCCUGCUGGCCACACUGUUCUUGAUGCAGGCCAGGAUGCCAUUUGCUUUCUUGGCCACCUGGGCACACUGCUGGCUCAUGUUCAGCCUCCUGUCAAUCAGCACCCCCAGGUCCCUUUCCACCUGGCUGCUCUCCAACCACUCUGUCCCUAGCCUGUAGCGCUGCAGGGGGUUGUUGUGGCCAAAGUGCAGGACCCGGCACUUGGCCUUGUUGAACUUCAUCCCAUUGGAGUCAGCCCAUCUCUCCAGUCUAUCCAGGUCCCUCUGCAGAGCCCUCCUGCCUUCUGGUAGGUUGACACUCCCUCCCAACUUGGUGUCAUCAGCAAAUUUGCUGAUGAUGGACUCAAUCCCCUCAUCUAGGUCAUCGAUAAAGAUGUUAAACAGGACUGGGCCCAGCACUGAUCCCUGGGGGACACCACUGGUGACCGGCCGCCAGCUGGAUGCAGCCCCGUUCACCAGCACUCUUUGGGCCCGGCCCUCCAACCAGUUCCUAACCCAGCACAGAGUGCCCCUGUCCAAGCCAUGGGCUGCCAGCUUUUCCAGGAGUAUAUUAUGGGAGACAGUGUCAAAGGCUUUGCUGAAGUCCAGAUAGACCACAUCCACAGCCUUCCCCUCGUCCACCAGGUGAGUCACCUGAUCGUAAAAGGAGAUCAGGUUGGUCAAGCAGGAUCUGCCUCUCCUAAACCCGUGCUGGCUGGGUCUGAUUCCUUGUCCAUCUUGUAGGUGCUGUGUGAUUGCACACAGGAUGAUCUGCUCCAUAACUCUGCCAGGCACCGAGGUCAGGCUGACAGGCCUGUAGUUACCAGGGUCAGCCUUGCAGCCUUUUUUAUGGAUUGGGGUGAUAUUUGCCAACUUCCAAUCAUGUGGGACCUCCCCAGUGAGCCAGGACUGUUGGAAGAUAAUGGAGAGCGGCUUGGCAAGCUCUUCUGCCAGCUCCCUCAUUACCCUAGGAUGGAUCCCAUCUGGUCCCAUAGACUUGUGAGGAUCCAGGUGGCUCAGUAAGUCACUAACUAUUUCCUCCUGGAAUACAGGGGGCUAUUUGGUUUUCCUCUCUCUGUCUACCAGCUCCAGAGGCCAGUUGCCUUGUGGGCCACCUGUCUUACUGGUAAAAACUGAGGCAAAGUAGGUGUUAAGUACCUCAGCCUUCUCCUCAUCUCUAUUAACUAUGUUUCCCUCCGAGUCCAUCAAAGAAUGGAGGUUUUCUUUGCCCCUCCUUUUGUUAUUAAUGUAUUUAUAGAAGGACUUUUUGUUAUCCCUAACAGAAGUGGCCAAUUUAACUUCAAAUUGCGCUUUUGUAUCCCUGAUUUUCUUUCUGCAUGAUCUAGCUGUCUUCCUGAAUUCUUCGUAAGUAGCCAGCCCUCUCUUCCAUAGUCGAUAAACUCUCUUUUUAUCCCUGAUUUCCUUCACAAUCUCCCUGUUUAACCAGGCUGGUUGUCUUCCCCGCCGGCUUGCCUUUCGGCACACCGGUAUGGCCUGUUCCUGUGCACUCAAAACUUCCUGUUUGAAGCACAUCCAUCCCUCCUGGACUCCCUUGUUUUCAAGGGUUGUUUCCCAGGGUAUGCUCUCAAAGCAUGUCCCUGCAUCUUGCUUCCAGCCAUUCCCUCUCACCCACUGGGCCCUGCUAUCCUUCUGUAGCUACUGGGCCCUGGUACUUUCCUGGACUGCAGCUUAAAAUGGGCUCUGCUGUGUUGUCCUGGUUUCCCAGCCAAAGGUAAUGCCAAGAACUGGUUGCAAGGAGACCAAGUGGCAUCAGUUUUAUGAUAAGAAAGGUAGUGGCAAAACUCUCAUGGGCUUGAUUUACUCAUCCUGGUUAUUUACAGAUAACCUGCCACUUUUCUUCAGGCUGAUCUUUCUCCUGGGUGUGCUUUUUGUAUUCAUGUGGUGUCAUGUGGAGAGUGGAGCUCUCUGAAUUUUCUGUGGGGGUUGGCUUGCUUAUUCUGUUUUGUUCAUGGCAAUGUCUUUCUCUGUACUUUAUGAAGUGCAUGAAACAUUUUUUAAUCUCAUGUUUUCUUCAUUGUUUCCUAGAAUAAAUACUAUAAUGAAUGACUUUGCUAGA